AAUACAAAAUUUGAUAGCGAGCGGAAUGGGUUCUUGCAUUAACUCCGGAUUCCGUUUUCACGAGUCCAUUUUUUUUUUCCUUUACAGUUGAAUUUAUUUAUUUAUUUUUUUUUUCAAUUUUUCCCCCUACUACAGCCUACUUUAGCUAUGGCAGGCCAGCCCCUGUUUGAUUAUUUGCGUGAGUGAAUUAGAGAAGAAGAGGUAGCAAAUAGUAGUAUUUAAAACUAGUCAGAAAGUUGGUGGCAAAAUCAAACUUUUGGUUGUUGUUCCAUUUCACCAUCUUUCUUCCCCAAGGGAUUUUUCAUUUCUUCCCGAUUUUUUACUCUCUGGAAUUUGGUGUUUGGGCGGCAAUUUUGAUUAAUUCCUUUCGGCGGCACCGGCUUUCUCCUUCUAGAGAAAAAAAAAAACUCUCAUUUUUGUCCUGCAACCUUUUGGUCGGAAGUUUUCUGAGAAGAAAAGUUUAGAUUACCAACCUAUAUAGAUAAUUGACUGGUCGAUUGGGGUACAUUUUUGUUGACAAGGGCUCAUGAGAACUCAUUUUGUUGGGUUGCUUUCAUGGCUUUGAAUCUUGGGCUGGAAUCUUUUGUGGGGUUGGAGUUUGGCACCACCUGGGUUCUGUUGAACAACUGUGGGCGAAAAAUGGGUUUCGUAGCGAAAAGGUCUUCUUCUUAAGUGAAGCUCAAGGAUUGAUGCGCCUUAAUUUUUGUGAUUUUGACUUCUUGGGCUCUUCUGAUGAUAGGACAGACAUAUUAAAAUACUUCAGUCUCCCCCAUUAUUCUCAAAGUUCUGCCUUGAAUUAGGAGAUUAUAAAAAGAAUUGGGAUUAAUGCAUUUUUCAGUAUGGAAUCCCUUAUCACGCUGUGCUGCUUUGGUUAUGGACAAGAAGAGCAGGAGAGGAGCAGAUGAAUUUGGUUUGGAUGAUGACGGCAUGACAAUGCCUUCAAUUCUGAAGAACUCGCAUGAGAACAAGCUCAGGGAAGCCAUUGAAGAGGCUUCGCAAGAGGGGUCUCUUACAAAAUCACACGACAUUGAUUCUGAUUCUGUCAACCGAGAUGGAAAUAUGGGGAAGUCUGUAUAUCUUGCCAGGCUGAUUGUUCAGAAGGAAUUCUUGGCUGCAACGGCCCGUUUGGCUGACCGGAGUUAUUGCUCGGCAAGUUCCAUCCCGGAGUUGAAUGAGGCUUUUAACAAGUUCUUGAGUGUGUACCCGAAGUUUCAAUCUUCAGAGAGGAUUGAUCAGUUGAGAUCAUAUGAGUACACCCAUUUGUCUGAUCCAGAUGCCAAGGUAUGCCUUGAUUAUUGCGGUUAUGGGUUGUUUUCUUAUUAUCAAACGCUUCAAUACUGGGAAUCAUCUGCAUUUAGCUUAAAGGAAAUCACAUCUAAUUUGACCAAUCAUGCGCUACAUGGGGGUGCAGAGGAGGGUACUGUAGAAAAUGAUAUUAAAUCCAGAAUUAUGCAGUACUUAAAUAUUCCUGAGAGUGAGUAUGCGCUUGUGUUUACUGUGAGUAGAGGAUCUGCAUUCAAAUUACUUGCUGAAACUUAUCCUUUUCAUAUGAAUAAGAGGCUUUUAACCAUGUUUGAUCACGAGAGUCAAUCAGUGAAUUGGAUGGCUCAAUGUGCAAAAGCCAAAGGCGCAAAAGUUUGUAGUGCAUCGUAUAAGUGGCCUUCUUUGAAGCUCUGCUCCAGGGAGUUGAGAAAACAAAUUUCAAAGAAGAAGAAAAGGAAAAAGGAUUCCGCGGUUGGGCUUUUUGUGUUUCCUGUUCAAUCAAGGGUUACAGGAUCUAAAUAUUCAUAUCAAUGGAUGGCAUUAGCACAGCAGAAUAACUGGCACAUAUUGCUGGAUGCUGGCUCAUUGGGCCCCAAAGACAUGGAUUCGCUGGGGUUGUCCCUUUUUCGACCAGAUUUUAUCAUUACUUCAUUUUACAAGGUCUUUGGUUAUGAUCCGACAGGGUUUGGAUGCCUUUUGAUAAAGAAAUCUGUCAUGGAAACCCUGCAGAAUCAAUCUGGGCAGACCGGUUCUGGGAUUGUAAGAAUUAUGCCAGACUACCCUCAAUAUCUGGACGACUCAAUAGAUGGCUUGGAUGCACUGUUGGAAAUGGAAAGCGGAGCUGUUGAUGAAGCAAAAGAAGUGGACUUGAAGAAGCCUGGAGGUUUGCAACUCCCUGCAUUUUCGGGUGUUUUCACGGCCUCACAAGUCAGGGAGGUGUUUGAGACAGAGAUUGAGCAUGAUAACAGCUCAGACAAGGAUGGUGGGAGCACUGUAUUUGAGGAAGCUGAUGUCAUAUCAAUUGGGGAAGUUAUGAGGAGUCCAGUAUUCAGUGAAGACGGGUCAUCUGAAAAUUCGUAUUGGAUUGAUUUGGGUCAAAGUCCAUAUGAGUUGGAGAAAUCCAAUCAUCAAGUCAUCAAACAGAGAUCAAGGUCACCCCUGCAGCCCUCGUGGGUACCUGGUAGAAGUAACAAGGAUCCACUUCCUCCGAAGGUUGCAUCUAAAUUUCAUGAAAGCCCCAUAGGUCUCGGCAAAAGAAUAGACUUCGAGAACCAAGAAGAUCAAGUGAUUUCUUUUGAUGCAGCUGUGAAAUUAGUAUCAAAGGACUGCCACACAGAUAGGGGAAUUCCUGAAGAAGAAUCCUCUGGGGAAACAGAGCCACGUUUGGUAAAUGGUGGGAGCUAUGGGAACGGCCAAAAUGUGAAAGAGAUUGAGGAAGAAACUGAAAUUUCCCUUGGAUCAAGCUCGGCGUGUUCUGGGCUGAGCUCCAAUUCAAAACACCUGACUUCUGGUUUGCAGCAUGCCAAACUUGAGAGUUUCUCCGCGUCUGGACUUAGUACAGAAAGAAAAGAAAGUGCCAUAAGAAGAGAAACAGAAGGUGAUUUCAGACUUCUGGGAAGCAGAGGCGGGGAUAAAUUUGGACGCAGAUUUUUUGGUCCUGAAAAUGGUGAUACAGUUGCUAAAAUGGGUUAUCGGGUAUCUUUUAGUAUGGAUGAAGCACAGUUUGAAAAUUCGGUACCGUCAUUUGGAGCAAGUGCAGUUUCUGAUACUGGUCUAAACAAUGGUGAAUCUUUAGAUGAUGAUGAUUAUGGUGAGGAACAAGAAUGGAGCAGAAGGGAGCCUGAGAUCCUCUGCCACCACCUUGACCACGUCAACAUGCUAGGUCUUAAUAGAACAACCCUCAGGCUGAGGUACCUUGUUAAUUGGCUGGUUACCUCAUUACUUCAGUUUCGCUUUCCGAGUCCUGGAAAAGAUGUAGGAACACCCCUGGUGCAAAUAUAUGGCCCCAAGAUAAAGUAUGAACGAGGUGCAAGUGUUGCAUUCAACGUAAGAGCCAACACCAAAGGUGGAAUGGUUCAUCCUGAAGUUGUUCAAAGAUUGGCUGACAGAUGUGGGAUAUCUCUUGGCAUUGGUAUCCUUAGUCAUAUACAAGUAGUAGACAGUGAAAAACAAGGUCAUGGCUCGUUAGAGAUCGGAGAAACAGCCUUUUGCAAACCCAUGAUAAGCCGGCGCCAACACAGUAAAAGUGAUCUCUUUCGUAUUGAGGUUGUUACAGCAUCACUUGGUUUCUUGACCAACUUUGAAGAUGUUUAUAGAAUAUGGGCAUUUGUGGCUAAGUUUUUGAAUCCAUCUUUUGUUGAAGAUGAUGAAGUAGUUUCUUUACCUAAGGAUCUUGGAGAGAUAUUAAACUGAGAUCUGCUUUUUGAUGUUAGUCGGCUAGCGAUAUAAUCUGUAGAUUUGGAGAUAUAGAACCUUUCUCUGUGCCAUGUCAUGCCCAAGUUCGCGUCUUUCUAUCUUUUGUUUUUGGAGCCUGUUUCAUACUCUCUUGCUCCGGCCGAUCUUCCAAUAGCCAAGGAACUUAUUCAUUCUUAUGCCUGUUGUUGUAUCUUUUUCAUGUAGUUUAGGAGUAUAGAAAUCUAGAUCACAAAAGGCAUAUAUAUAUGUUGGGGGAACUUUUGACCCUUUGUAAUUUGCAGGAAGGCGUAUUUGAUGGCGAAGCAGUUUCGACAGAGUUGUAGCUUAAAAUCAAUCAAAAAGUUUCACCUUCUUGGUUCACAACCUGGUUAUUGAUUUGUUCACCUGGUUUGUUUGUACUUAGAACAGGGGAUCUGCUGUUUUCAUUUGCUUAAUUUAAAGGCUUAAGCAAUGAAUGGAUGAGGACAUGUCUUCAUUUGAUCUGGUGUUUUCAUUUGCUCGAGUGGCCUGGCCUCCAAAUAUUGCCUUUAACCCAAUGGUUCCUUUA